UCCACCUUUUGUCUAUUCCAUUUGCACAACAGCAUGUGAAAUUUAUUGUCAAUCAGUGUUGCUUCCUAAGUGGACAGUUUGAUUUCACAGAAGUGUGAUUGACUUGGAGUUACAUUGUGUUGUUUAAGUGUUCCCUUUAUUUUUUUGAGCAGUGUAUAUUAUCUGUGUGUGUGUGUGUGUCUCUCUCUCUCUCCUUCUGUUUUUCUCUGUUUGUCUCUAUAUAUAUUUAUCCCUGUCUGUGUCCCUCUCUCUCUCUAUCUGUCUCUCUCUGUUUUUCUUUGUCUCUGUUUGUCUCUCUCUCUUAUUCACACUUUAUCUGCACCCCUCUCUCUCUCUCUCUCUCUCUCUCUCUGUCUCCCCCUUGUAUUUCUCUCUCUGUGGUAAAAUAGCAUGGUGUACCGCCUGCCCAGGCACUUGUGGAAUGCAGGUGAUGAUGAUGUAACCGUCUCUGUCUCUGAGCCCAGUCAGGAUGAGAGCCUCCCUCUUAGGAGUCCCUGAAAGGAGAUAUUCAACCAUUUUGAAUGUUAUAUUGUUUUUUUUAUGUUAUAUUGUCUAUCGCUCAGAGAUUCAUAUUUUCAUGUGUAUCUGAGCUAUUCGCCGUUCAAGCAGGCAGAAAUACAGCCGGUAUGACGAGUUCUACAGAACGACGGCACAAACAGCGUUACCUGUCAUUCUGUUACCAACCUUCGCGUCUGCACUGUUCUUCAAGUAAAUGUGUUUCUGUCAAAUGUUCAGUGGAAAUUGUUCAAAGUAGUUAUCGUGCAUAGAUGGGUAUGGUUUGUUUAAAUUGGCAAUCCUUUGCUUUUUGUUUGACGUACAUUUUGAAGUGAAAAAACAAGAGUGUCAUUGCUGCCUGGCAAAACGGUAAGGGAGUGACGAUCUGCUGCACCGUUUAUGCCCUGGGUUUUUCGGUGCAAUGGGAGAGAAUGCACAGAAUCUUCUUUAGUGUUGACAUUGGUGUUAGAAUGAGUUUGAUUUGACCUACACUUUCAUCUCAAAUAUGGAGGUUCUGAUUAGCCGGGUCUAGUAUGGUUGUCUUUCACAGUCUAGUUGCUGCAUGCUUAUGUCAGUACAUUUUGUCUUCACACAAUUGUAUGGUAUGUUAUCUUUGAAUGAUGCUUUUAUGUAUUUUUACCCUUGUAGAUCCGGUCUCAUCCAGCUCUUUUCCCUAGCGUCAACAUGUGGUCUAGCGUAGCUGUGCUGUAUUGGCUUUUCCAGCCUCUGUGUGCGUGUGUCUUCGUCCCAGGGCUCUGGGAGAGUGUGAAUCUGCUGACGUCUGAGAGGACGCUGAGGACACUGAGUCUGGAGGCAAAGGGGGGAAGCAAGGCCAGUCACACGCUGGAUGCUCUGGUCCGUGGAGUGUGUGCAGUACUUUGAGUGAGUUCUGUGUGUGAGAGCAUCGAGCGCUGUGUGUGAACAUACGAUGUGCUAGCCGGUGUGCGUGAUGACCGACAAGGCAUGCACAAGUCAACACAACAUGGCUCUGUGCCAGGCAAGAUGAACACAGCCAGGUAUCGGCCCACCUGGGACCUGGCCCUGGACCCCCUGGUCUCCUGCAAACUGUGCCUUGGAGAGUUCCCGCUGGAGCAGAUGACCACCAUCACGCAGUGCCAAUGUGUCUUCUGUACACUAUGCCUGAAGCAGUAUGUGGAACUCCUGAUCAAAGAGGGCCUUGAAACUGCUAUUAGCUGUCCAGACUCUGCCUGUCCAAAACGAGGACACUUAUUGGAAAAUGAGAUUGAGUGCAUAGUGGCUACAGCGAUUAUGCAGAGAUACAAGAAGCUGCAGUUUGAGAGGGAGGUGCUUCUGGACCCGUGCCGGACGUGGUGCCCAUCGUCGUCGUGCCAGGCAGUGUGCCAGCUGAAGGAGAUGGAGGUGGCGCAGCCCCAGCUGGUGAAGUGUGCCGUGUGCACCCUGGAGUUCUGCUCGGCCUGCAAGGCUAACUGGCACCCCGGGCAGGUCUGCCCACCCCAGGAGAACAACCUGCCCAUCACCGCUUUCCUACCUGGAGAGACCAGCUCCUUCUACAAGAGUGACGAUGACGAUGGUCCCAUCAAGCGCUGUCCCAAGUGUAAGGUGUACAUCGAGAGGGACGAGGGCUGUGCCCAGAUGAUGUGCAAGAACUGCAAACACGCCUUCUGCUGGUACUGCCUGGAGUCACUGGACGAUGACUUCCUCCUGAUCCACUAUGACAAAGGGCCCUGUCGAAACAAACUGGGCCACUCCAGGGCGUCUGUCAUCUGGCACAGAACACAGGUGGUGGGGAUCUUCGCUGGCUUCGGCCUUCUCCUGCUGGUGGCCUCUCCCUUUCUCCUCCUGGCCACGCCCUUUGUCCUCUGCUGUAAGUGCAAGUGCAGCAAAGGGGACGACGACCCCCUGCCCACCUAAACCCCGCCUCACUCAUCUAAGCAGGCGGCCAUAUUUAUUUUUCGCCCCUUCUGUUUUCUCCCUCCAAGCUUCUUGCGGCGCUUCAUUUAACGGGGCUGGGGCCUAGCUGCACUGUCUCGGGCCCAGCCGCGUCCCGAUCCAUAUCGCUCGCAGUGUCAUGGUGGGAGAGGAGUUGUGUUGACCCUGUGCUCCCUGGCCUGGUGGAAGAUGGGUUCACAGAGGUCAGGCUUUGAGGACGACAAUGAUGCGCCUCUCUGUGGGCUUGGGGGCAUGUGUCCGUUUACUGUAGCAGGGCCACUCUGAGGCCUUGAGGUGAGCUACAGACAGUGGUGUAGUACAGAACCGAAGAAGAAGAGGAUGUUUUAUCAAGAGAUAAAUAAAGACGUGAUGUCAGAGACAUUUUCAUGCAGGAGCUGCUACUAUUGGAGGAGCUUCACCUUAAACUCGUUUCAGUCGACUUGUUUUUGUUGGUUUGUCGAGCACAAAGCUUUCCACCCCUCUUCUCUCUCUUUUUAGCUCUCAACAUACAGGAAAUAGCACUGGAGUUACGUUUUGACAAACGUUUUGUGUUUACUCUGUUGGCACAUUAAAGACUCUCCGUUUGUCGCUUUAAGAACCGGGGCGGGAGUUGGGAGGUUUUCUGUCUCUCACUCCCCUGUACAGCACGUUCUCUUGGUGAUGUCUGUGUUUCUGUAAUCUUUUGCUCUGUUCCCACUAUCAGCAAGAAGUUAUUCUUUUGACAAAAUGGAUUUGAACUCCUAUAUGUGUCUUUUUGAGAGGGUGUCCCAAACUCCUUCUCACAGCCCAAAAAGAGGACUCCUGGUCCUGUGUUUGUCGAAGAGUCUCAGAGUAGGAGUGCUCAUCUAGGCAAGACAAAACUGAUCCUAUAUCGAUACUCCUACUUCAAGACACUUUGUGAACAUGGGCCCUGAACAUUCAUCUCCCCGUCCACACAGACGUGAACAAACCAUCCGGAACUGGUUCUGACUUGUGUUGUCGAAUGGAAUACUUUAUUAUAGAUGUCGUGGUGUUCUGAGUUCCUCUCAACUCAAAUAAGAAUAAUAUUUAGCCACAUAGCAACAAAUGGCCUUAAAUGAAUAAGAAACAAAGCCAAAAAAGCCACCUCCAGUAUUCAGAAGAAGAAAAAACUGUCUUACAAAAACACAUGGCCAUUGUCCAAUUCCGUCCUUGUGAAAGCACACUUAAAUAAUGAAUUUGUUUAAUGCAUCAGUCAUUCAUUAAAACCUGUCUAUUUUCAGGUAGAGCAUAGGAAAUUAAAUUGUCUCUCUGAUACAAAGAUGUCCCUUCAUAUGAUCUAUAUUACAUUGAUGUUGGUCAUAUAUCCAACUACUGUAAUGAACAAUAAUCCUAUACAAUGUAUUUUUUAAUUGUGUGAAUCUGUGGCAAACUUGCAUAAUGUUAGUGGUAUUGUUGUCAACGUUUUUGUUGGGAGCACGUCGAGAGCUCUCACUACAUGCAGCUACUGCAACCUUUGCAGGGAUAUAAAAUGUCAAGAACUUCACUGGACUGUUUAGGACACAUCUGAAAACUGCUCUACACAUGACUGUAUCUAUGCAAGUUUGUACAUUUCCUAUCUUAGUCUUGCUAACAGUGUGGUCAUAUCAAGUGGUCCAGUAUGUUAUACCAGAUUCCAUGUGCCAUUUAUCACAUCAUACAGUAGAAUUUCACAAAAGGGCGGUUGACUUACAUCCGUUUCAUUUGAUUUGAUUUGAUUUUUUAUCUAUCAGGGAAGCCAUACAUUAUUUCAUCACCAUCGUUUUCCCUUAAGUUGUUCCAUCAGAACGUGUGGUGAGGAGGCAUUUACUGUAGCGACACCAUUUCUCACUCUGAAACACAUUUAAACUCAAGAGAUCGGUCAUUGGCGUUCCGCCAUCAAUAAGCCACUUUGGAACACGUACAGAGAAUCCUGGGUGGCAGUCUGUUUCUGCUCUCUUGCCAACUCCUUAUGAAAUUGUCACGCAAAACUGGCUUGACAAUGGAUUAGGGAAAAAGCGCAAACAAAUCCGGGACUACUGUAGACUACAUAUAGAAUGCUGAGAUACUCUUCUGCAUAAAUCCCAGGGUUUUUUAUUUUGCUCUUCCGUAUUGGUCUCCACGUAGCAUUUGAAGAGUGGGUAUGGCAGUUACUGGAACUAGCAUUAGCCAUUCACCUCUAGCUCAUGGUAGCCACCACACACAAAGAAAACAUUAGCCUUAACUUUUCAGUACCUCGUACCUUUAGCCUCAUCAUUUCCCGUUAAUCCUUAAUGCAUGCAAGUAGUCAAAGAAAAAAAGAAAAAAAAAAAAAAAAAAAAAAUUCAGUUGAGCUAAUUUACCCUUAUUUUCUGGCAAUAGGGAAUAUGAAGGUCCCAACUGAGCAUGUGGAUCACUGAGCUGACCGUGUCUUUGGGUGACAAUCAUGCCAAGCAAGUCUUGUGGGUGGCGAUCGAGAGUGAGUGAAUAGUUUCAAGCGUUUUAAGGUUUGUAAAGUAAAAGUGGAGAUCUUAUGUCCGUAUGGCCAGUUCCAGGCAUAAGCCAAUCAGGGUCUCGACUUUCUAUUGCGACUAAGAGAAGUAGAGUACACCAGGUGCCAUUUUGGAAUUUUGUUGUGCAUUAGCAGUUGUUCUCUUAUGUCACUCACUGACAGUCAAUUAGCAAUGUCAGUUAACAAUUUUCAGAGUGGUACUUAGUCUAGCCAUCUAUCUAACUCGUAGUAAUCAUGGCCACAUACCUACCGGGCAUGCAUGGCACGUGCCCAGGGGCCCUGACCUCCAGGGGGUCCCCGUUUUUGAUUGUGUUGGUCAUUCUCACGCCGAUAUCAUAUUAACAUGGCAUAAGUCAUUAUAAAAUGUGUAGAAUUGCAGUAAAUUGGCUGUAAACCUGAAAUGUUUUCUUUCUGCCCCAUGGCAAAAUUUGUAGAAUUACCUGACAUUUCUACAAUUGCAAAUAUCCCCACCCCAUGGCAAAGUAUGUCAAAUUGCAGAAGAAAACAUGCUUUAAAGGUCCAAUGCAGCCAUUUUCAUCUCAAUAUCCAAUCAUUUCUGUGAUUGUUUUCAAUUAAAAUGGUAAAAAAUAAACAAAGAUGGCUUCUUAGCUAAGAGCAAUUUCUCAGGCAACAUUUUUGCUAGGAUUGUCUGGGAGUGGUCUGAGUGGGGAGGGGAAAACUGAAAAGUAGCUGUUAUUGGCAAAAAGGUUUGGAACUCUCUUUCUUGUUGGUCUAUUAACUAAUUUACUGCAUGGUGAUGUCACCAUGGAAGGCCAAAACACCAUUCCAUGAAAACAGGAUGACAUUUCAGACAGUCUUUUCAAACAGCUUAAACACUAAAAGGGAAAUAUCAUGUUCACACAUUCACAGUAUUAUUCCAACCUCAGACCUGUGGAAAUGAGGUCUGUCAAACAAUGAAAAGAAUGAAUUGUGAUUAAUUGCCAGUUAUAUCGAGGUAUUCAGUCAUAGGCAUUCAGCCAUUCAGCUCGCUAGCUAACAUUAGCAUAACUAGAAUAACUGUUAUCUAAAAAAACGCCUGGGGAUGUGUGUAUAGUUAAACUUUCUGUACGUUUUCCUUAAAUUGUUGCUCAAAGCUGCGCACGCAGAGGAUUUUUUUAUAGAACUGCAGGAAAUCCCCCAUCGUCAAGACGGGGGCCACUAAUAAAAAAGAUCCCGCUAGGUGGGGGUCCCCCAAACAAAUCUCACUUAGGGCCCCAAAAGGCUAUAGCCGGCCCUGCCCAUUAAAUAUUGCCUUCUCUUUGGAAAUGUGUAAAGCUGUCAACGACACUUUUUGUUGUCCUUAUUAAAGGGGUUCGGGGAUUGUAAUUUUAAGAAAUGUAGCCUCUAUUUCCAGGCUUCCUCAUAACUCAGAGACUUGGGAGGAUGGCAUUGCGUGACUAUAGGAAAUGUACAUUCAAGAGAAGUGGAAACAAGUUCUCAUCUUCCAUUUGGUUUAGAGGGGCUUUGAGCUGAGAGAAUCUUGAAUGCUUGUCACAAAGUCCUCUGACUCAACUGAUUUUGCCAGUAUACCAAUCAAACUCCGAUGACUCGUACAGUCAUUAGUGUUAUCAUCAGGUUUCUUUCAGCAUUAUGCAGCGAAGGGACACAAAACAUUUCAUAAACUCCAUUCACCUCGAGGUGAGACCAGGCCUGUUGCACAAUUAUAUUCUAUGGCUUGAAACCUAUUUUGCUCUUUGUUCACACUGUUGGGCUUCUGAACUAUAUUUCAACCUGUUAUAUCAGAUGAUAACAAUGCUAUAUGUUUUUAAAAAGAGGUCAAACUGUGCCUCUUAAUUUUAGGGAGUCCGAAACAACAUUGUGUGCACAAAAGGUCCGACGGUUUCUGUCAUGACGUACCCUUUAUCCUGGAUUCUAAGUUUGACUUUCACACUUACCGUACUUUAGGUUGCCUUUGUGUUAUACUUGUUCUGUAGGCUUUGAUGCAGUAAAUCAUACAGUAAUGGCUUGUAUUUGUGUUAACUGUGGAAGGAUUCAUAUUUCCAACUUUUCAAAAGAUGUAACCUUGUAAAUUGGCAUGUGUGGAGAGCAUUGGAUAAACACAUUGUGCUUCUCCCAUGUAUCUAUUGUUCCACUAACACUGUGAAAUGGAAUAAAUGUGGUUGUUUUUUGUGA